AUGAGCUUACAGGAAGCAGGAAGGAAAGGCAAUAAAAUUAAAAGGUAUGAAAAGCAUUUUUUCCCUUUUGCACAAAGCAUUAUCUUUUACAAGAAAGACCUACUGCCAGCAAAAGCAUUUCCUAAACUAGCAGACCAGCUUGCAAACUAGCAAUAAUCUCAUUCCCAUCUUUCAUACUAUGAUUCUUUUGAAUUUGAGGUGAUCGAAAAGCAUUAAUUUCUCUUUGCGCUGCAGGUCCUACACCUUACGAAACCAGAUCCCAGCAGUUGCUCAUUCACUGUUCAUAGAGAUUCUUUAUGUGCGUGUGUCAGCUGACCAAAUCUCAAGUUUUGCUUCAUAGAAAACCAUAACAGUCAGCGACUUUCUAGAUCAAUACCCUCUCACUGGCCUUUCGUGGAGAAAAUGAAAGAUGUGCUAUUGUGAAUCAAAAAGAGAACUAUUUCCCCAAUACAGCAUCUUUUUCUUUUAAUUUUAGCAGGAUGGGGGGGGCAACAUUUUCCUUUUAGAAGAGGAAACCAUGGGAAAAUGUAGCUAGUUUGGUUGCCAGGCCAUUUCUAGACACAGACCAAACAAGAGUGGAUACAUAAUUUUGGACAGCAAAGCAUGUGUGUUUACAUCAUCGCUUGUCCAUGCUUUGUACAUUUUGCUGGCUUGCAAGAAUGUAUUCAAACUUUAACAAUGAUCAGCCAUAGACUUUUUGUACACUCAAACAGAAUCAAAGGCCACAAAGUACAGUUGAAAUGCAUCUUCUCUCUUUGGGAGCCACUUUACCAAUUACACUUUGCCCAGUUCUUGGUACAGGAAUGUUGUAAGUAGGGUUGUCAGAGAAUUCUGAUGAAAACAGAAACAGGGCCAGAAAUUUCUUCUUCAUCUCAUGCACUGAAAUGAAAUCGAUCUAGUGAAUAUGAUCAGGUUUUGCUGUUGCGGUUGCUUUAAAUCUGCAAAUAAUACGUGUGUCCUCCCAACUUACAUAAUCAUUAUUUAGCCAAUAGUGAGAUGAAUAAUGUAUUUGGUAGUUUCCAAAAUGCAAGCUUCCUUCUCUCGCUUUCUGCACUAGUGGUGGUGGUGGACAAAAUCAGGUAUCACCCCCACAGGUUGGGGAUGUCAGUCCUUCCCCAUGCUCCUCCCUUUUUAGUCUGCAACAUUGAAGGUUGAAAGUGGGAGCGCAGGAAUGCUUGCAAAGCCCACCCCAUGGUGAUACUUCCAACCUAUGACACUGUUGGUUGAAAGGAGGAGCAGGCUAAAGGGUUUUGUUAUCUUACUUGAGCUUCUGCUUUGCACCUCAAAUGUCAGAGAUGCAAAGGAGAACAUGGGGAGAAUUACAGAGCAUUUUGCAAUCCUCCCAAGUGCAUGUUGCCCUCCUUCUUGUCCCUGAUGUUGGAAGGAGUAUGUAGGGAGGACGGCAAAGGGCUUUUAAAGCUCCUUUCCACUUCCUACGUCAGAGGUGGAAAGGGGCUGCAUGGGGCAGCUUCAAAGAGCAGCAGUGGGAAGGAGAAGUGGGUUCCAUGGAAUAGGAACCUCUCCCUCGUCUCCUUGAGCAAGACACAUGCCUACCACCCAUCAGUGGUUGGAAGCACCCAUUGUUCCAGCAAAUUGUUCCCAUGGCCCAUGGGAAGAAGAUUCUCUGCCCCUACAAAAGAGAUUAAAUCAACUGAGACAUAGUCUCACCCCACUUUUCCAAAAACAUGGACAAAUACGUGUGACUUUAUCUGCCACCAGAAGCAGCCCAAUGCCAGUGAAAUAUGACUUCAGAAAUAAAUGCAUUGUUAUACAUUUGCUCCUUCGGGGAGUACAAACUCCAUCUAGAACAGGCAGUAAUUUUGUUUCCCAGACCCAAGAACCUGGAACACACAACACCUCCAUCUUGACUGGAUUCAGUGGUUGGUAUUCAACUAAGUUUCAUUCAGAGUAGAGGCAUGGUUUUUUUUUUAAGUCCACCAUGAAAACAUGUGUAUUUCUUGUUCUUAUUUUCAAAAAUGAAUGUCAAAAGAAUAAUCUGGGAAUAGGGUUUAAAAAGCUUUAUCAUUUAAAGCAUCAACCAUUAUCUAUCACCUGGUCUAGACACCCCCAAAUUGUUGCACAGGUGAAGAAACUUGCUGAUUAGAAACCUCCAUCAUAAUAAGAUUCAGUUCCAUUUAGGGGUGAAUGAAUCUGACGAUUUCAUUUUUCUCAGUUUCUCAUUUUUUUCAUUCAGUUAUCCACAUUUCCACGUCAGUUUGCUUGGGGGGGGGUGGCAAAUCCACCUGAAAAUAUAUCAUCAUUUUAGUGUGAAUUUAUCCACACUUUUGUAUGCAAUUCUGCCCAAUCUGCAGUUUUGCAAUUUUUUUCUCCUAAUGUACUGGAUGUGUGCAUGUUGUUUCUUGUUUUAUGUCCAUUUUUAUGGCUUUACCCCAGCAUACACAUUUUGGAAUACAUUUCCUGGCUGGAGAACUGCAUCGCAAAAUUCGGAUAACUGUGAAGUUCAACAGGAGGCUGUGUUUUGGUUUACAUAUUUUUUUGGGAACGUGCAACUUGGAUAUGUUUGCCUUUAAAUGUGAGUUGAAUCAAGUUCCCCCACGAUCCCCUCCUCCUUUUGCUGCCAAUAAUAUAAAACGGUGUGUACUAUUAGUAUUUGCAGCCCUGUGUAGCCGAUGUAUUGGAUCCUAGAAGCUUUUUACAAAACCAUCAAUAUCUAACCUACUAGAUAGCAUCAGAUACUUACAAAUGCAACCAUUAUGCUAACUUGGCACAAAGCACUCUCCUAACUAAGCAAAAAGGGCAAUAACCAAUAAAAACUUGCUCCUUGCUUUCUCUUGCCUUCCUCCCUGUGUGAUGCAUAUGUCCCCUUUUGCCAUGUGUCCAUGAGAAGCACACCAUGUGUUCCUGUGCCAUUGUAGGAAGUUCCUGUGCCAUUGUAGGAAGGCCUUGAAUAAACAGUGUGCCACAAAACUAUACUCUGAAGCUGAUUAGGCCUGGAUGCAGCCUGAUUGCUUAAUUAAGCCCAUUCAUAUCUUUGAAUUGGGUAUUUAUUAUUGUUCUCCGAGGGAGGAUUAGUAUUUAUAGACCUCACAAAACAAGUGCAAUCUAAAGAUGGAACAGUGCCCUAAUGGCUGUUGAGCAAAUUAUUAGACAACGAGCCUAACCUUCCUCCUCACUCUUUCUAACUCACUUCUGGGUUGAGCUUCAGCUAGCCACUGCUUCUCCACAUGUCCUUUGAUAUCUGCUCACUUGAUUUGCCAGCACUUCAGGUGCUUAAGUGGACAACGUCAUCAGUGUCAUAGGUCAACUUAAAUUACUACUUCUGAUUGUGAGUUCAUGUGUGUAGGUGCCAGAUAUGGCUUUCUAGUCUAGUCCCUGUGUUGGAGGUAUGUGGGAAUUCAAGCAGAGAUAUGAAUGCUAUGGACCUGGAUGGGGGAAGGGGUUAAGGGAUGUAUAGUGCAAUUUCCACAUGGCUGUCACCUAUGAACCACUUCCUAAGUUGAGACGUGCUGGUUCAGAGCAAAGGUCUAUAUUGGCUGACAGUAACUCGUAAGCAGGAGACAACUGGUGAAGCUGUCCACUACUCUAGAUGUGGGGAACUAUUGCCUUCCAAGUGUUGAUGUAGUGCAACUUCCAUCAACCCUGCCCAUUGGUUAGGGCUGAUGGAGUCACAUCUGGAAGGUCAUGUGUUGCCCUGCUAUUUGUCCCCAGUGCCUUGUAAGUAAAGAGAAAUCACAUCUGGAGCAAGGGAGUCCAUUCCUAGCAAUCACAAGUAUAGCAAUUGAGAUGCCAAUCCUCCAUUAAUGUAUCCCAACCUAUUAUAUUAACAAAACUCUGAUUAUCCCUCACAGAAAUCUAUAGGAAUACAGCACCCCUUCCUUUAAAUCCCCUCAGUAACAUGUCUUCCACCCUGUGAAUCAAUGCGUGAUUGAGUGACGUGAAUAUCAUAUUAAGGACACAGUAUUUGGAAAAAACCCUUCUAAAAAAAAUCCAUGCAAAUAAAUUGAAUGUAAUAUGUAAUGUAAUAUGUGAAUAUCAUAUUAAGUUCACAAUAUUUUAAAUAUUCCUCCUAAAAAAUAAUCUGUGCGAACAAGUUAAAUGUAAUUUAAUUUUUCUCCAUGUGGUCCCCAUUUGAAAGGGCUGUAUUAACUUCUCUUGAAAGUAGUUACCUUCAUUUCUAUACUAUGCUGAUACAUUCCUUCUCAGCUCCACUGAAUCCUGUAUUUUUAUUUUUUUUAAAUUCAGCUUCCCAUCUCCUUUUACAUCUUGCAUUUGAAAUAUAUUGUUGCUGUGAAGGUAAUAUGGUGUGUGUCCCACCCCCACUGUGUAACUUCUGGUCAAAGGGCAUGAAGGGGUAAACAGAAGAGAAGAAGUAUGGAAUAGAAAAUGGCCCCUUUUUGCAUUUGAUGAGUUAGUGCAAAGGGAUUCAAGCGGUGAUACAGAGAGACCUCAAACAAUAUACAAAAUGAGGUGUUUGGUUUCAAUUCAAUGAAACUUAAUGAAGGGUUUUGAUAUGAUAAUCCCACUUAAAUGAUUACAAAGUGCUGUGUGGAUAUGGGGUCAUGGGGGGAGGGGGCUCUAAUAUUCUACGCAUCCCUGUUCUGCUCUGUGAAAGUGUCAGAUCGGCUGUUUUGCUAAAGAUAAAUUUUUCAUGCUCCAAAUAUUCAGAGUGAAAAUAAACUAUACUAAUAGCAAGAUGUGUAGUGAUUUGCACAUUAUCCAAGCUAUUGAGUUAUUCCUGACUGUCCCUAUUCUAGUCCUUGAUUUGCAGGCCAGCUACACUCUGCAGCUGGAGCAAAUUAUAUCAACAGAAGUGCUGAUGUGACCACAAGUUGACAAAAGGACAUGAUUUCUGGUAGCAGAAAAGCAACUAGAUUUUAUGAAAUUGUAUCUAAUAAUGUUGUUUAACUCAUGGAUCCUGCAUCUGACGUCUACUUUUUAUCCAGUCCUUUCAGCAGCCCUUUGUUAACAGUCACUCAGAAGAGGAAAUAAAAUGUAGGCAUUGAAAUAAAAAUUGCUCUACUCUUUUUAAUAGCUCAGCUGCAGGCUCUAUUGUUUUACUUAAUGGAUUGUAUAACUGAAGUCUUUCCUCUUGACUAUACUCAUUUGGCUUCCUAGUUACUAAACUAAACUACAGUAUCUUGGGCUUCUAAAGAAAAGCAAAGGGAGGUGGGGAGGAGAGAAAGCUGGAAGUACUCUUUUUCUGUUAAUAGCAUAACUACCUCUAGGCAAUAUCACCUACAAGUAAGAGCAACAAAAGGGGCAUUAAGAUGUGUUUCUUAACUUGGACUUUGCUUUAGGAUAUGAAAUUUGGGUUGCAAUGGCAUUUACUUCUGAGUAGACAACAUGGAUAGGUUCGCAUACAAUCCUUGGAGUAAAUUCCAUUGGACUCACUGGGAUUUAUUUAUUUAUUUGGAAUAUAAAAUUCCAGGUGGUUUUAAAAUGAAUGAAAGUCUAGUCAAAAGGGAAGGUAUAUUAACUUCUCAUUUUGCUUAGACCCUGCCCAUACAUAAGGAAUAGACCACCACAGUACACUGUUGAGAUCAAAGGCUUAAGACAUCAUCUGCACACCAAACGUAUUCCUUAAUUAUGGGCAUGCGGCUCCUCAGGCAUCAAAGCUUGAAUUGCAACUAUAAGCAGAAAGAAAAAAGCUACCCCAUUCAGCUUAAUCGGAAUUCAUUUGCAAUACUGACCAUCUGCAAAUGUUCUCCUUGUAUCCAUCUGCCCUUAUAAAGGGUGUUAUUCUAACUGUGUGCCCUGCAUGUUCAUUCAAGAUUUGGACAAAAGCUUCCUUUCUACAGUGUUUCCCAAAGAGUUUUCUUCUCUUUCUAGGCAUGCACAGCAUAAUGGGAAAAAAGAAAAUGCCUUGUUAAAUCAUCAAGUGCUAAGAAGGCUUUCAGGUGUGGACCAUACGCCAUGUACAAAUGCAGCUGAAACAAAUCAUAGAGUAUAACCUGUUAAAGAUGUAAUUGAGAUACAUGCAAUCAUUAACCUUGGAACAGACUGGGAAUCGGUUAAUGAAUCAAAUCAAUACCCUCUCCACUGAUCCACAAUAAUUUGAAAGAAAUGAAAAAUUUAACAGUUGCAGAGUAUGUGAAGUUAUCAUGGGCUGCAAUUAGCUAGCCUUUGGGAGAUUAUGUUACCUAGUUACCAGAGGAUAAGUGUAAUUUCCUUAGAUCUUCCGAGAGAGAUUUCAUAAGGACAGGUGCCAGACAAGGAAAUAGGUCAGAAAGAGACCUUAGGCGCUGGCUGUCGCUAGGUCAGCUUUCUGUCCCUUCCAGCGCUGUUCCUGUCUUGUGAUAUUCUUCCCCCAGAGCCGAUAGUGAUGUUAGACAAAGACAUUUCAAAAGACACAUGCACAGGGUCUGUCCAUCAAAAAUAAUUUUUAAAAUGCGUUUGUUACAGGAGCUGAACCCUACUUGAAACUGAAGAGCUCAUUUACAUGUGCCAUCUUCUGUUGUCACCAAAUGAAAAAGAAUGAGUUCCCUGUACGUGAUAAAAAGCUUCUUGUUGCACAUUAGUGAUUAAAAAUAGUAAAAUAUAGGUGCCGAAACACUGGAGGCCCUUCUUUCAAAUAUGAUUGUUUUCAUUUUUGGUCAGGCAAUUUGGGUGGAUUUGCAUUAAUAGGACACAACACCCUGCCUAACGGCUGGGAGUCACCUGACACAGGUAUCACGUAAGACUUUGCCUCUGUGUUGUUUCAUGGUAAAGAAGUAAUCCCAAGCAAUGCUGGAAAUGGUGAGAACAUAUUAAGAAGAAUCUGCAGGAUUUGGCCAAUGGCCCAUCUAAUUCAUUAUCCUGUUCUCACCCAGUUGCCUGUGAGAAACCCUCAAGUGGGGUUCAGUGCAAGCACAUGCUCCCCUCCUGCAGUUUCCUGCAACUAGUAUUCAAAAUCCUUGUUGCCUUUGACUUAGAUAUUAUUGUAUAGUCAGGCCACAUUAUUUGCUCUCCCACCUGACACCUGUAGGCUGAGAUCACUGAUAUGUGAAAGAAGAAACUGGCAUGCAAGCAGAUGCCCAGGGCUUCCUUUUCCUUUUCAGAGAUCCAUAUGCAAAGCGUGGAUGUGGGAGAAGGUCUGGGGAAAUGUGCAGUGCCAGGAGUCGGGGCAGAAGCACUGCCCUGCUUCCCCCUUAAUCAUGUGAUAUUCCUUCGCAGGUAUAACAUGUGAAAAAGGCAGUGGAGUAGCAUUUUUUCUAAGAGGCGUAUUGGGAUAAAAUGUCUCCAGCAGUUCAAGGAGCAGAAGGAAUGCUACUGAGGCUUGUCUCUCCUCCAGACCCAAAAUUCUCCCUGCCCCCCACCAAUAUUAAAGAGGGGAGGGGGUUCAACCACCUCCCCUCUUAGAAUAUCAACUGAAGAUUUCAACUUUUCAGACUUCCAGCCCAGACCCUUUCCAUGUGGACAAAGUCGAUGCACACCCAGUUUGUGCAUUGGUAGGCUUUGAACACUGCUUUGUCUACACAUGAGUGUGGGGAAGAGGGGGUUAGGACCAGGGGACACAAUCCCACCAAUCCUGCCCCACCUGUCUCUAUGUAUUUUAUUCAACUUGGACUUUCAUGCGAAAAAGGGGGGAGGCGGUUCUGGGAAGCCUUUGACAGCAACAGAGGCAAAAAGUAAACAUUUUUCCAUUUCAUUCCUUUGAAGUAAGGCUUUAAUAUCUAACAUGAAACAUGAUGGGGCUUAGGGCUGCAGGAAAUUCAUACCUUCUGCAUUUGAACUUUUGCUUCCAAAUGGUUGAUCUGUGGGGAAUCUCAUUGUUACUAUUUUUAUUUCCUUACAUUUCUCUCCCACCUUUCUUCCAUCAUGGAACCCCUAGGGGGCAUACAUGUGGUAUGCAGGAGAUCUUCCAUCCGGGAACUGACCAGACCCACUUAGCAUCACCAAGGUGAUGCCUUUACGUGCCUUCAGAUCAUACUUUGGAAGCAGGGUAUUAUGGCAAUUGGGAACAGGGCAUUAUUUUACAAAUGUUGAGAUGCUUCGGAAUAUGAAUUGCUGGGAAUGGCAGGUGGGCAGAGUGCUGUUGUGCUAAUUUCCAGCUUGCCGGCAUCUGGUUGGCCACUGUGAAACCAGGAUGCCGGACUAAAUGGGCCACUGGCAGGUCCUUCUUAUGUUCUUAUGUUCCUGUGUAAGGCUCAGUCUGGCCAUAGAAAUCUGUUUAAAUGUGAGCCCUGUUUCAAAUUAAGCAUUAUGUGAAAUAUUCCAGUAGAACUUUGAGUUGCUUUUGAUACAUGUGAAGACUCAUAGAUCAAAGCAGUUUGUAGUAUGGUCUGACUGGAUCCAAGUCUAUUGGUACGGAGAGUUAAGGCAUGAUGGGUGUGCUGUGCAUUGGGAGGAAGACUGAUCUUCAUGUGAGCCUUAUUGUGAGGUGCAGGCUGCUGGCAGAAGGCAACUUCAGGCAGGUGCAAAGAACCCACUACAGCUGUGGCUGCUGCUGCUGCUGCCCUGGACUUCCUUUUCAGUGUCAACCUGCUGUCAUUGCAGUUACCUGGAAUGCCCCAGAUUAAUGCUAUACAGUUCUAGUGCAUUGUGGGUUGUGAAUCGAGGACCCGCCACCCGCUUGGAGAUAAAUAAGACACAAGGACACAUGUAUUUUAGGUUAAUGGGCUAAAUAAGGCCACCACUUUAUUGGUUACAGCAUGUGAGUGGUAUUGGCUUAGGCAUUGGAUGAAACGAUAUCUACAUGACUCGACCCUGCUCUGCAGGAGUCAUUAGUGGGUUAACAACUAGUGGGAGGAGCUUGUUGAUGCAAAUACAACUGGAAGCUUCCCCUGACAUCACCGGGGGUUAUGCCAUGGCCCUAGCCACCAGCAGGGCAUCAGACAGGAUCCAUGACCACCAGAUCCCUUUAAAGUAAUACCCAAAAGGGAAGGGGUAGGUGCUGGCCACAACCUGCCCUCAAACAAUACCACACAUAUUCCAGUGCCUAACCUCCUGGGACCAAAUGAGUGGGCAGUGCCACUGCCACCGCUAGAGUGCAGCUAAACCCCACCCCCAGGCCAGACCGAUUGGCUGGCUGCAGGGAGUGCAGCAUGGCGGUCAGGUAACAGAAGCAGGGAGCAGGAACGCCCCCUGUAUAUGCGGGAACCGGCUCCCGCUCACAACCCCUCCCCUCUAAUUGCAAUGGUGGCCACCUGGCGCUCAACAAAAGAUCAUAGCUGCUGCCACUGCUGCUACUACUACUACUUCUAUUGUUUUCCUCUUCCAGCAUGCCCUGCUGACUCCUCACAUCUGGUAG